CACAAGCUUAAAAUCACAGCAAUUGAAUAAAAGCACUCAUCAUGGUUUAGCUCGUGCAAUUCAGAUCUCGUCUGUCAUCGAACAAUUGCCUUUUUGUUUUCGAGCAACCCAAGGCCGGCGGCUAGCAACUAUAACUACGAGCAAAGGUGCCUUCUCCGACAAAGCAAGAAAAAAUCAGAAAAAGUCCAUCCUAAGCACCUGUUUCAAAUUGCGAUCCAUACAACUGCUGAACUUCCCUUACUAAAAAAGUACAUGAUACUAACCUCAUAGAUGAAACAAGAACAGCUCUUACACUUAUUGUACAACCACCAGGACUACGUGGACAACACGCCUGAGCUCAGAUUUGCGCUUGCCACCAUUGUUUUCAACCCCGUGUUUUGGAACAUUGUCGCCAGGCUCCAGCACAAGACCCAUUUCUUGUCCAAGGCCGUGGGCGGUGCAUACAGGGGAUGCUACCUCUUGGCAAUCACCAUUUUCUCUUUGGGUAUCUACCGUGAUCACGUGUACCACUCGGCCUUGAUGCAACAGCCCACAUAUGCGCCAUUGGUUGAAUCCCCAGUGGUCCAGGCCUUGGCUGUGGCGACCUUCGCAUUCGGAAACGUGCUUGUGAUCUCGUCGAUGUGGGCUUUGGGAGUCACGGGCACCUACUUGGGCGACUACUUUGGUAUUUUGAUGAAGGACAGGGUCACGUCGUUCCCCUUCAACAUCAACAACAACCCGAUGUACAACGGCCUGACGCUCUGCUUCUUGGGCACCGCCUUGUGGUACGGCAAGCCAACAGGAAUCUUGGUUUCCGCGUUUGUUUACGUCAUGUACCGCGUGGCCUUGCUCUUCGAAGAGCCAUACACGGCCAGGAUCUAUGCCCACAGAGACUUGAAGGCGUGAGCCCCAGGCUGGACUGAAGUCUACUCUUUGCACCUAGAAGCCCAGUACUGGGUUCACCGCUUCAACAACUGUUUAUAGAUGAAUACACACAAGCCUGACCUGUAAGAAGUAUCUUGACAUCAGACAUCCAUGCCUGCGAACGUAAUUGAAACUAGGGGGUUUCGGGGGCACAAGACCGACUUGAAACAGAAUGC